CGUGCCACUACUGCCGCACGGUUGGUAAUAGCAGGAAAGAGCAUGCUGCCCGGGGCUACCGCAGACUAAUCGUAUUUUUUUUCAGUUUAAUAUGCAUUAGUUUGAAAACGAAAGUGAAUGCACUUGAACGGAUUGUUUUUUGGUGGACAUUUGAAUUUCGUUGAUUUUUUUUGCGUAUUAAGUCGGAGAAACUUAGUGUUGGUGUAUGUGUAUAGUUUUAGUUGUCUUAGGAAAGUUGUCAUAAAAAAAAAUAUGCCUGGAGAUUCAUACUACUGGUCUCCUUUAGAUAAUGAAACAGAUGAGUCGCUGAUGGAAAAAGAACCCUACAUUGAUCCAUGGGAUUUAGAAAAUUAUGCUUACAUCCGGGAACACCUCGAUUCAAUGGAACUUAGUUCUAGUCAGAGUGUACCUAGUGGAAGUUCAGGGGAAUUUGCUGAACCAACGAGUUCGUUUGAUUAUGUACCUGGAAGAAGGAGUAGAACAACUCCUGCUCCCAUCAUGUCAAAUAUUAGAGAAGAAAGAUUUGACUCGAUAUUCAGCGAUCAAGAAAACUACGCAGCCAUUGAAGACCUUCAGCAAUAUGAAAGAAGGAAUAGACGAGCCAGAAGCGAAAUGCAUUGGCCUAGUAAAAGAAGAAUUGCUUAUGACUAUGAAACAGAAGCUGAAGAAGUCAGUCCUUACGCUGAAGGAGCUGUUCAAGAAAGUUCCUUGUUUGGAAUCUAUGACGAUAAAGGGAUAUUCAGAAGAGUUGCGGUGCCAAUAGCCUACAAAUCUAGGGAUCGAAGUUUGAGUUACUCCUAUGGAGAUUCUUAUAUAGACUAUAAUCGACAGAGUCCAGAAGGAGACCCACCUAGUACAUUCGAAGAUUUUCACAGAGAUAGAAGAGACUCAACCCUUCCGAUAUACGAUGACGUCAGCAGGCAAAGUAGGAACAAACCCCAAAAUUUCAGCUUCAGCAAAAACGGCCACCUCAAAAUCGAUUAUUCUUGUAGCUGGAAUAAUUUGAACAAGUUUAUGAAAUAUAACUAGAAAAUAUUUUUAAGGAAAUGAACCAAGAAAGACCCUAAAAAUGUAAUAUUUUAGUAUGUCUUUAAUCGUAACACAUUCAAAAAGAUUUAUUGAAAAUAUGAUAUAGAUUAGUCAUAGUUAUCACUAAAAAUGUUAGUGCUGACGAGGUCUUAAUGCUAUGUGAUGCAUAAGAAGAUAGAAAUAUUAUUUUUUCUUUCUCAAUACAUACCUGAGAUAUAGUCCCCUUAAUCAAAAGUAAGUCACUAUAAGAUCACCAAUUUAAAUCCUAACUACACAGUUGACAAAAGAACUCUGGCGCUUCUUUGUCAUUACUCACAAUUAGUCGAAUUUGAGUGAGAGAGAGAGAGAGAGAGAGAGAGAGAGAGAGAGAGAGAGAGAGAGAGAGAGAGAGAUAUGCCAGCUAGAUAGCCAGACAUAGUCUACUUUUAUCUUAAUACAAUGAUUCUAGCGAUUUUCCAACUUCUUUAUGCCGUCGAAUAAUAUGAUUAUAGAAUAUCUGCAACAUAUGUGUUUCUUUCGUCAAUUACCUCUUCGUUAUAAUACGGAGAAGAAAGAUAGAGAAUUCUUCAACUCCUAAUGCAGGGCAGGGUGUUUAACAAAAGAUUUUCAAAAAAAGUUCAUAAACUUUUCAUUUCUUGUUUAAAAAAACGGUUGUUUAAAAAAGCAUCUUAAUCCAUCACGCAUAGUAUCUCUUAAAUUUAUAAGCUUAUCAGGUAUAAGUUAAGAACUUUAUAAAUUAAUAUAUAUUUCUGUAAUUAAAUAAUAAUUCGAUAAGACAAAUUUACAAAUUCUAGGAGGAACUCCUAAAUGGAGUUAAGAGAUGCUGCUAAAAGCAGUAACUAAUUAAUAAUUUGAAGGGUCAGAGUCUUUUGUCCAGCUGUAUGUAUAAUAUGAGUAUAUACAAACGUACGCAUAUAAUUUUAAUAUUUUAUGCUGCAGAAAGUUUGAUUUGCUGUAUUUUUAAAACCAUGGGUGUCUAUAUGCCUAAGGGUCUUUAAUCGCAGAUCACUGUACUCGUACAUUUAUAGUGAACUUGUAUAUUAUGAGUUUAUUAAUUAUUAUUAUUUUAUCUAUUUAUAUUUUCAGUUAA